AUGUUGUCUACCCCAGAGACAAGUAUGCUGGUGGUCGUAUUUGUGAUUCUGAGCUUUGUAGGACAUUCUCAUUCUACUCCAGACCAUGAUCCAUGUGUUAGUCAUGUUGCUAUACACAAAGGGAAAUACCGAGGAACAAAGUGUGACUACAGACUAGGAAAAGCACUAAACGACAUAUAUAUUGACGACAGUCUGUGGUACAAAGCAAAUGGAUUCAAUGGCUCCCUCAGUAUGCCUACACAUCCUGUCUCCCUAGACAGAUGUAGUACUAAGUUACCAAUCUGGAUGAAUGGUACACAUCCGACCAGUGGUAUGACAGUCAAUAGGACCGCGUGUAUGGCUGGUCCAAACUCAAACUGCAUGUCAAAAUACAAUAUACAGGUCAAAAAUUGUAGUACAUUUUAUGUCUAUAAAUUACAAACAACAAAUGGAUUGAAAAUGGCAUACUGUUUUGGUGAAGAUGAACCGUGUCCACCGACAGAUCCAUGCGAGGAUAUUGACCGCGAGGAGCUAAAGGAUGACGGAUAUAGGUCUGCCACCUGUUCACGAACAGAUAUGUGUGACAAAGUCACUGAUGGAUGGUACCGUGUCACCAAGCCUGACAACGAUGACACUGGACUACAAAUGUUUGACAAGUGCCCAGGCCAGUUAAGCUGUGGUACUGCGUCGCCGAUCUGGCUGGAAGAUCAGCAUCCAACAUCCUCAGAAGGCAUCGUCUCAAGAAAUGUAUGUGUUAGAAAUAAUACAGGUUGCUGUGGCGAAAGAUUUCAGAUAAGGGUCGUUAACUGUCAAUCAUUUUUUGUCUAUGAGCUCAAGGCAAGGACUACCUGUCCGCAGAGAUAUUGCUUUGGAAACGUUAGUACCGACAGCAAUUGCGUCAUCGAAAACAGCACGCUUGAUCGAAACAGUGGAUUCCGUUUGCAAAGGCACAGCAUGGUGGACCUGAUUCUGUCCUUCCUCGUGUCCUGGAUAUGGUCUUCUGGAUGGUAUUGAUAUCAACAUUUCAACAUUAAUAUGGGGCACAACACCUGUUGUAACAUACUGUGAUAUAAAUAUUGAAACAAAAUCUAUGGAAGUGAGAAUUAUCAAAGUCUGUUUUCCGUCCAUAGCCAUCACUUCUAUUACAAUUUGUAUAUAUAUUCAAAUAACUUAUGCUUUAUUGUAGUGUUUCGCUUGCACAUGUAGAUUUAUACAUAAGUGAUAUCACUAAAUGGAUCUAGAUGGUAUCACUGCAAUAAAUAAGUGAUAUCGCUAAUUCCGAAUAAAUAAAUUUUCAUAUCAAUUUAUGUUGCUUUCGGUAUAGUAUAUGUACAUAUAUGAUACUUAUUAUGUAAUUUUUUGAAACUGGUAAUGUAAUCUUUAUAUAG